AUGAAGUUCACCACUCCCAUCGUCCUCCUCGCCGCCAGCGUCAUCGCCGCCCCGAGCCCCAGCGAGCUCUGCGACCGUGAGCUCAGCACAGUAAACACUAUCAUGACCACCGUUCUCAACGGCAUCCAGAGCCUCGAUGGUUCCAUCUGCGCCUACAGCGGCGGCCCGGGCAAGGAGCUGGAGGAUGCCUCCUCUACCAUGCUCACCAUCAUCCGCACCGCUACCUACAACGCUGCGUCUAUGUUGGCUUUGACCAUGGACGAGGCCAUUGCCUUCCAGCCGCUGUCCGACCAGCUCAACGCGGCCGGUGACAAGCUCCUCGUCGACCUCAGCAACAAGGUUGACCUCUUCGCCAAGAGCGGCGCUUGCGACACCACCCUCACCUGGGUUGCCCAAGUCGGCAGCAAUGUCAACACCCUCAUGACCACCAUCUCUACCAAGUUCCCUGCUGGCGGCAAGGGUGGUGACGAGAUCACGCACUUCAACGGAAUCUUCACCGAGAUGCAGCAGAAGCUCUCCACCUGCUCCACCGGCGGCAAGGGCUCCGGAUCUGGCUCCGGCUCCGGCUCCGGUAACGACGACAAGGCCGUGGGCUCCGCCACCAAGGUCGUCGCUGUCCCUACUGCUGUCGCCACUGCCACCAACACUGCUUACGGCAACGGCACCAAGGGUGCUUCGCCCACUUCCACCACUCGCCCUGUCGUUACUGCCGGCGCCGCCCUCAUGACCUUGUCCGGCGCCGGCUUGGCUGCUGCCGUCGCUGCCUUCAUCCUGUAA